AUGAGCGACGCGCAGGCGAACGAGGCCGAGAAGAACAUUGAGAUCUGGAAGGUCAAGAAGCUGAUCAAGCGUCUUGAAGCCGCCAGGGGCAAUGGCACAUCCAUGAUUUCCCUGAUCAUCCCCCCCAAGGAUCAGGUCUCCCGUAUUGCGAAGAUGCUGGCUGAAGAAUACGGUACUGCCUCAAACAUCAAGUCACGAGUCAACCGACAGUCUGUCCUUUCCGCCAUUACGUCCACCCAGCAGCGCCUGAAGCUGUACAACAAGGUCCCCCCCAAUGGUCUUGUCGUGUACUGUGGUGAAAUCUUGACCCAGGAGGGCAAGGAGCGAAAGGUCAACAUCGACUUUGAGCCGUUUAAACCCAUCAACACUUCGCUAUAUCUCUGCGACAACAAAUUCCACACGGAAGCCCUCGCCGAGCUACUCGAGUCUGAUCAGAAGUUUGGCUUUAUCAUCAUGGAUGGUAACGGCGCCCUGUUUGGUACACUGAGCGGCAACACACGUGAGAUUGUUCACAAAUUCUCGGUCGAUCUUCCCAAGAAGCACGGCCGUGGUGGUCAGUCCGCGCUGCGUUUUGCUCGUCUCCGUGAGGAGAAGCGUCACAACUACGUGCGCAAGGUUGCCGAGUUGGCCGUACAGAACUUCAUCACCAACGACAAGGUCAACGUCGCUGGGCUGAUUCUUGCUGGUUCUGCCGAUUUCAAGAACGACCUCAACGGCUCUGACAUGUUCGACAACCGCCUGGCUACCAAAGUCAUCAAGGUCGUUGAUGUCUCGUAUGGUGGUGAGAACGGAUUCAACCAGGCCAUCGAGCUGUCCUCGGAGACUCUCGGCAAUGUCAAGUUCAUCCAAGAGAAGAAGCUCAUUGGCCAAUAUUUCCAAGAGAUCAGCCAGGACACCGGCAAGGUUUGCUACGGCAUCGAGGAUACACUCAAGGCGCUUGAGCUUGGUGCCGUGGAGACACUGAUCAUCUUUGAGAAUCUUGAGAUCACCCGCUGGGUCCUUCGGGACAGCGAGGGCUCCGAGCAUCAGCUCCACCUCACCAAGGCCCAGGAGGCCACGAACCGAGAUAAAUUCUUGGACAAGGCCACUGGACAAGAGAUGGAGAUUCUCGCACAGGAGUCUUUCCUUGAGUGGAUUGCCGAGAACUACCGCCAGUUCGGCACGAACCUUGAGUUCGUCUCGGACAGGUCUACUGAAGGCAACCAGUUCGUCAAGGGAUUUGGUGGUAUUGGCGGUAUCCUCCGUUACAAGGUCAACUUUGAGCAGUUGGCUGACAUGAGUGACGAUGACGACUACUAUGACGGUGAGUGA